UCGUCCCGGCUCCCGCGGGGGAGGAGGGCGCGCGCCGGCCCACCGGGGCGCUGCGGGGCGAGGCCCGCGGGGCGCUGCGUGAGGCGGCGCCUCUGCGGCCGCGGCCCGGCGCGGAGGCGGGGUGGCCGCGGGGGCAGGCGGCGGGCGGGCUCCUUCUUUGGCCAUGAGCGAAGUGCCGGCAUUUGGCCGCCGCCUGCGGGACGCGGGGAGGGAGCGGCCGCGCCACCAGUCGCAGCGAGGAGCCGCCGGCGAGUGCUAUGGCCCAGGCCAAGAUCAGCGCCAAGGCCAGCGAGGCGGCGCAGCAGCAGACCGGCGGGCAGCUCCACGGCCGCUUCUACCGCUCCACCUCCAUGGCGGACCGCUCCAGCCGCCUGCUCGAGAACCUGGACCAGCUGGAGCUCAGGGUAGAGGCCUUCCGUGAUGCAGCAUCUGCUAUGGAACAAGAAAAAGAAAUCCUGCUAGAAAUGAUCCACAAUAUACAGAACAGCCAGGAUAUGAGGCACAUCAGUGAAGGUGAGAGAGAAGAACUUAAUUUGACUGCUAAUCGUCUGAUGGGCCGAACCCUCACUGUUGAGGUUUCUGUGGAAACUAUCCGAAAUGCCCAGCAGCAGGAAUCUCUACUGCACGCCACAAAGAUGAUUGAUGAAAUUGUGAAUAAACUUCUAGAUGAUCUGGAAGAUGCCAAAAUCCGCUUAAUGUCACUUUAUGGUGCAUGUACCUCCGAUGUGCCAGCAGGACCCAUCGAUCAGAAAUUUCAGUCAGUUGUAAUUGGAUGUGCUAUUGAGGAUCAGAAGAAAAUCAAGAGAAGGCUAGAGACUCUGCUUAGAAACUUAGAAAAUUCUGAAAAGUCAAUCACCUUGUUAGAACAUCAAAAAUCAUCUGUUCGACAGUCUUACAACAGCAAACAGGAUUAAAACAUCCUCUUGGUUACUUUUGUCAAAUCACCAAAUGAUCAAGUCUCCAUUAAAAAAUGCACAGAAGGCUAGGAAAAAUUACUUUUUACAGAUACACGCACAUGCACACACCAGAGUAUCUGUGAGAUGCAAGCAUUUAAAGGGUUUUGGUAGUAUUGGCAUUUUAUUUUGGCAAUAAAGAACGCUAUCAUCACGAUUUCUCCUGUAGAGUUGAUACUGCUACUGCAAAUUGUAAUGUGCUUCUGCUGAACUGUCAAAAACUGUCAAAAUCUAGUCUUUUUUUUUUUUUUUUUUUUAAACUGAAGUUGUUUUGUCAUAUUCGAAGAUUUCAACUACCACAACUUUUCUCUGCUGUAUACAGAGUGUGUGAAAGAGAUGUUUGGGGCAAAAAGACAAAUCACUGCAAUAAACCAGAAAAAGUUAAUAAACUGUAUAUUGUAUUUUCCUAAACAA